UGAAUAGAAUUGGCAGGUACAUUUUUUUAUCCGAGAUAAUAUCUUGAUUUUUUUCAUUGUGUCAUCAUCAUUAAGGACAGCUAUCGAUAACAUUAACAGCGUUACAGUGUACCUGCUGGAGAAGUUUUGGAGUUAAAAUGCAAAUGAAUCAGUAUCUUACACCAAUUUAAGGUGCAGUUUAAUUGACGAUAAAAAACAGGGCAGAGCAGAAGCUUAUCAAGCUGUCAUAGAGUUGAUUUAAGUUUACAUAACACAUCUGCAACAUGUUUCACUUAUCAACCCCUACCUAGUUACUUACUUCUUGAUCAGAACAAAUUAAUAGGCACUUUAUAAGAUUGCUGAACACGUAGCAGAUGGUUGACCUUAGACGGCAAAAAAGUGUCACAGCACUAUUAACCCAGGCAAUUUUUAUUAUGAGGCCUGUAAGGCAAGUAGAAAAAAAAAAUUGCUCUUCAACUUGUAUGUCUCUGGGUAUUGCAGAUUGUGACACUUGAUAGACUAGUUCCAUUGGUGGAGAUCAAUUUUUGAAAAUGUUGAAACUUACUGUAUGGCAAGAGAAUCAACAGGAGACAAUGAAAGUUAUAUUUGAUUGGACUAAAUGUGAAACCGAUCAACAUUUCUUCUUGACAGUGACUGAACUGCAAAGUGAAAAAAAAUCCAUUCACAAACUUUCAAAAAAUCAGUUCAGACACACAAUGUGGUUCCCACUUGGAAGCUAUUAUGAGGCUUUCAUCUCAACCUGCAAAAAUCACAGAAGAGAGAAAAGUAACACAUCUCAAUUUGGAUGUAAAAGACCAGAGUCAGUGUUUAAACAACCACUAUACCAACUUAGGGUACUAGAGAAAGGUGCCAGCCGUGUCCACGUGAAAAUUCAAACCUCAGAUCCUAAUCCCUCAAGCAAGUGGUUUCAUCUUGACUUGGUCAACACUAGCAAACAUUACAUUGGUGAGAGUCUUCAUGUUUGUGGCGAUGACAAAAUCAUAAAAUUCAAGCUGAAGCCUGGACAAGAAUACAAACUUACAGGCUAUGCAAUUGAUAGCAACGCAUAUCUUGGUGCAUUACGUUUCCGUGCAGAGCUGAGUAUUUUGGAACUGAGGGAACUGUUGAAAAGGGCAAAUAUUUUUACAAAGAAUCGUGGUGGUAAAAUCAUCCCAUGCAGAUACUUGUAUCGUAAUAAAACUGUGCAAUACUUCAAGGACAUCUUUCAAAAAGAUGGAAUAAUGAAGAUAUACAAGAAAGACUACAAUGGAGACCAAGGGUCACCAAUUAAUGGAAAACUUGAUGGACUGUUCUUUGCCUCUAACCCUGACCUGCAGACAGGACUUCCUCCUCUCAGGUCAUUUUUUGGUCCAAGGAGAGUGAAUAUCCCAGCAUCCGACCUGUUUGUGACAGGCACAAAUCUUUAUUUUGCUGACUUUUACUGCCACAGGAAAGCACAUUAUGUAACCCUUGUGCUCACUUUAGCUGGAUCAACAGCAGACCAGUUUUGCAGGGGGAGACUUCUUACAAUUGAUCCCUACGAUAACUUAUUUUUCAUGAAACCCCGGGAAGAACAUUCAAGGCGUGUCUAUACUUCAGGAAAUAUUUGGGUUGAAAUCUUUUACACGGAAAAUAUCAACCUUUGGCCUUAUCUCUUUCGAGGUUUAAUUGUUAGUGUGCCUAGCACAGGUACUUCCAGACCAGAAGGAAUUCCUAAGAACCCAAAAUGUCACAUUUGUAAUUUGUGAAACAAUUUAACAUGUAAGUAAUAGUAAUUUUCAUGAAGAAAACAUUUUCUGAUCGUGUACAGAAGCAAAAAUGCACAGAUUUGCAGAAAAAUAAAAUUAUUUAGUGACUUACAAGUUAAAAAUAAUAAAAUGUCGAGGCUACUGAAGCAGUGAUUGUAUACAAUAACAACCAAAACGAAUAAUAUGAAUACUGAAUCAUGCAACUGCAAGGUAAUUUUAUAAGUGGCACACUGUUAUUUACUUUAUUGUGCAACAGGCAUUACUAGAAAUAACAGAAGUAAUCAAUUAGAUCUUUAUAUUCAUGUGCCUAAGUUACAAUAUUGGUAUAGGCAGUUUAUGUAGUAA